UCAAUUUCAAAGAAUUUUUAUAAAACUAAAAUUAUUAUUCAAAAAAAACCUAAUUCUAAUAAUGAAUCCAUCACUUCUCCUUCGAUUAUUGAUGUUGAUAAGUUUAUCAAUUUCCAAGAUAUAUUUUCUACCUCUAGUGAAAAUGAAAGUAUUGAUCUUGAUCAAGAUGAAGAAAUUUCAUUUACUCUUAUUGUAAAGAAAGUGGAUGGAAAAUUAUUACCUGAAAAAUGGCUUACAUUUAUUGCUUCAACUUUUGAACAAUUUAUUGCUCAAAUUCAAAAAUAUAUCAAAACUAUGAUAGGAGAAGAGAUUGAUAAAGCAGAGUAUUCUUUAACUUAUAAAUCUGCUAACUCAAAUGGUUGGGGCUUGGAGUUAAGCGAGUUGAAAGAUUUUGAAAAGUUUUUGA